AUGGCUCUGAAGGUGGUCGCCCUGAUAUCUGGUGGCAAGGACUCCCUGUUCUCAAUCUUACACUGCACCGCAAAUGGUCAUGAGGUCGUGGCAUUGGCAAACUUGUAUCCGCCAUCACGGGCUGGCGCCAAUGAUAGUGAGGACAUCGACAGCUUUAUGUAUCAGACUAUCGGCCAUGCAAUCAUCCCAUUGUACGAACAGGCCCUCGGCCUUCCAUUGUUUCGCCAGGAGAUCACCGGUAGAGCGAUCGAUCAGGCGAAAGCGUACGGUACAACUCGCGGCGCAGGAACAAUCGAUUUUGAUGAGACGGAGGACCUCGUUCCGCUACUGCUCAGGGUCAAAAGAGCCCAUCCAGAGGUGAACGCCGUCAGUACUGGGGCCAUAAUGUCGGACUACCAACGUACCAGAGUCGAGUCAGUGGCUUUGCGGCUUGGCUUCACACCGCUGUCAUAUCUGUGGCAGUGGCCGCGACUGCCACCAGGCACCCAAGCUUCUCUCCUUGAGGACAUGGCAGCUGUAGGGCAAGAUUCGCGUAUCAUCAAGGCAGCUUCUGGCGGGCUGGACGAAAGCUUUCUUUGGUCCAAUGUAGCUGCACCGACCACUGUAGCCCGACUCACUCGGGCGUCGGAGAGAUUUGGCGCGCCUGACGACGGUGCGAUACUCGGCGAAGGCGGUGAGUAUGAGACUCUUGCUGUUGCAGGACCCAAGCCUUUGUGGAAGGCAUAUGUCCAGGUGAACGAUACACAUCGCUUUGUGCUACCAGGCGAAGCUGACAGCUCGAGUCUUCGUUUGCAUGCGCCCGUUCUGGCUGAACCUCCGGAUGAUCAGGGCGACUCGGCAAACCUGAGAAUCCCGGCUCUACUUGAUGUUAACUUCACCCGUGUGUUGUCGGACCUGCUAACUGACGAUGCGAAUGAUAACUUGACUGCAAAAAUCCAACCCAUUCGUCUCUUUGCGUCGACUGAUGAUCAGAAUCAUAUCGAUACACGCGAGACCUCAUACUAUGCACUCACGGGUUCAGGAUCUGAUGCCGCUACGCAGACGGCGUCGAUCGUGGACGCGCUUUUGACACAUCUCCCGCAAAAUGCCCAGCAUGCCUCGACGGCCAGUAUUGUGUACACCUCAAUCAUACUGCAGGAUAUGGCAGACUUUGCAGCCGUAAACAAGGUCUAUGGCAGCUACUUCACUGAACCCAUCCCUCCAGCGCGUGCCACCAUAGCUUGUGCGAGUGUGAUGCCGUCAGAUGCCAAGGUCAUGUUGGGUGUGACGAUCUGCUCGGAGGAGGCUCUAGCAUACAAGGAUGGCCUUCACGUCCAGUCGAGAUCCUACUGGGCACCAGCCAACAUAGGUCCGUACUCGCAGGCCACCACGUUACCUUGCGAGGACCCGAGCUGCUCUGGUAAUCUGGUCUACGUCGCAGGACAGAUCCCACUCGAGCCCGCCUCAAUGGCAUUACGAUACGAUAGACUCUCCGACACAAGGACGAGGUUCGCAGAACAAACAGUUCUGUCCUUACAACAUAUGAAGCGUAUCGGCGACGUCAUGAAGGUGGCUGCAUGGUCAGCCGUACUCGUGUUCGUUGCUACUCCACCCGAGGAGGACCCAGAGUUACUUGCUGCUCUGGCCGUCCGUGCUUGGACGGCAUACCACCGGCCAGUGGACCAAGCCACGGAUGAAGAUAACGAAGACGAGGAGUUCGAUGUUUGGCAUGCAACGCAAAAUCGAGGCCAAAUACCGCGGCCGUCGCAGGCCAUGAUGAGCGGUCGGGAUGCUACACCAUUGCCUCUUCCACCGAUGUGGGUCGUUCACGUCGAUGCGCUGCCAAGGGGCGCACAUAUCGAGUGGGUUGGAUAUGGGAGGACCACACGUCAGCAGGAGCGCAUGGUGAUUCCACAUCUCGACUACUUGUUGCGCUGCUUUCAGCAACACAUCAUAUGGGCUUCUGACUGA